ACUGGUUGAGGUCUUCUGAGUGGCAGGAACAGCUAUUUCUCAUACUUUCCUUGCAUUGGUUUUGUUUGUGCCGUAACACAAAUUCAGCUCUGAAUAGAAAAUAGAGGACUUUGUUGAAGUACCAAAGUUAAUUUGAUAAACUGAGACCCUGCGUUGUAAAGAGACAUGGAGGCUGUUUUAGGACUGUUGGUGAUCUCAGCAGGAGUGUCUCAUGGCUUGGAGACUUCCUGUGAUGCUAGAGAAGAUGGAUCUCAGUGUUAUGGAGCUCUGGGAGGAACUGUCUAUCUCCAGCUGACUGAUACCAUGGCAUCUCAUCACUACUCAUUUUAUAAAGGCUCAACUGCUGCUAAAAUAGAGAUACUGAAAACGAAGGGCACACUGGUAAUAAGAGACACCCCCAUUAAAGACAGAUUACACUUCUUUAUAAACAAUGGGACAUUUAGGUUAAAUAACACAAGAAGGAAUGAUUCUGGUGAAUACCUGCUCGAAAAAUAUGAUUCAGAAGGGAAAUCAUCAGAGUCCAGAGAACUACAACUGUUCAUCGAAGCUCCAGUGUCCAGUCCUCAGCUGUCCUCUGAGUGUCUGUCCCAUGGAGAGAUGAGGGUGUCCUGCUCCUCUGAGGGGGAUGGUCCCCAGUACAGCUGGACUCUGGAUGGACAGACGCUGAACGACACUGAUGCCCCUCCUGAUAAUAAGACAAACACCAUCACUCUGAAGAAAGGCCUGUCAGGAGAUCUCACCUGUACCGUCAGAAACAACAUCAACCGUAAUACUGUCAGCAGGAGAAUCUCACACUGUCCAGGGCUGAUAUAUGUUAACGGCACCUUAUCCAACGGGACAAAGAUAUCAGAGUGGGUGAAUACCCUAUAUGUUGAGUCUGCAACAGUGGCGACUGUGACUGAGGCCCCCACCAGUAAAACCUCCACUGAACAUUCAGUGGAAAUCUCCUCAAGGGCUGGACCAGUGUUCAAUGUGUUUGUUUAUUUCCAACUUGCUGAAGUCUUCAUUCUGCUGACAAUCUGUCUGGGAUCAUACUGUUUCUACAAGAAGAAAACCCGUCAUCAAGAACAAGAUGAUGGUGAGUAAGCAGAGUGUUUGCAGAUUCUCAGGUGGAUCACGGUGGGACUCUAAGAGGGGUGUUGAUGUCAUGAAAGUUACCAUGGGGACCAUGACUGAUGACUAAUGAUGAUGUUAUACUGCUUAUUGCUGUUUUAAUUUUAAUCAAGCUCAAACUCAAAGCACAGUAAUGUAUUUAGAUCUUUUGACAUAUUUUCAUAGUUUCAUAAUGUUCCUUCAGAACUGCCCUUAACAAAGUAAUAAUGAAGGAUCCAUGUGAUGGUGUUUAUUUAAUGUAUUUCAACUCUUGAAUUGUAGUGUUUUAGUAGAUUUAAUUUGUACAUACAGUUACAUAAAGGAAUGAAAAUGCUAUUGUGUUUUUGAAAAUACA